AUGGGACUUUCUCCACCUGUUUUUCUCACAUUGGUCGUGCUGCGCGCUGCACGCAGCACGGCAUUGGACACAAAUACCGCGGGAAGCACUGCAACUCCCGUCAACUGCCUCGGUGUUUUCAACGAGGCACGAUCCCGCGCGGAGUUCGAUCCCUUUACUACAGGGGAGGCUGGGAUGCACAAGCUCCCCAUUGACAACCCAACUUAUGUAAAGGAAGUUUGUAAAGCUCUGGAGGAGGAGGCCAGCUCCAAAAAAUCCAACCUUAGCUCCAAACAGGAAGGCACCUAUGCUCACGCACUGCAGAGCGGUGAAACUGGUGAUUGCUCUGCCGCUCUUUCUCACUGGAGCAAAUCCCUCGGGAACUUUGGUAUGCUUCCCCCCGUUUACACCAAUGACAACGCUGGGUCGUAUGCCAAUGCCCGCAACAGGUCUUUCGUGGCUCUAUUCAAUCCCAGGAAGGGCGCAUCUAUCGACUGUGCCUACUUUAUCUGUCCCAUCGCAAACGGUGCAACUACCCAUCAGAAUGGUAAAGGAGGCAGUGAAUCCUCACUUACGAAAGAACACGAAGGGAAAGGCAGUGAGAAAAAUCAGAAGGAGGAAACACCCAAAGUUUCGGAAGGUCCAACUUCAGAAGAACCAAAAGUUACUGUUACCAGCCACCUCGAAGCAACGACAGAGGAAAUCCGGGCACUUGUUUGUAUGACAAGUCCAAAGGCGCUUGCCGCAGGAAGAAGGCCCUUCUCCCAGCCUUUUCCGGCAUCCUUUGCUUUGAAUGAUUUGGUUCGCCUGCCAGUUUGCGUCAUGCUCAUCGACUGUCUUUUUAUCUUGCGUUCCAUCUAG